CAGACAUUUUAAAUGAGUAAAGUAAAUAAAUAAAUCAGCCUAUGUCCACAAUGCACCUCUUUAUCUAUAAAUUGGGAAUGUGAAGUUUAAUUCUCAUAAAUGUUACAGUGUGAUUUGUCAAAAAUCAAAAUUCACACUGAAAUGAACUGUUACUAUGUUUUGGGGAAUGUUUCGUUACUCGUUUCUUUCACCGAAAAACAAAAAAAAAGUAGCAAUAGUGUUAAAAUAAAGAAUAGAUGGAUUUGAAAACUGACUUCAAAGAGGUCCCAGUUCUGCAAGAGAAAUGUCCUCUUCGCUUAAGCCCCUAACCCUGAAUUUUUUUCCAGAUGUUUUACCACAUGUUUAUGCUUUCAAGUAGAUGCUAAACUAAGGUAAUUUUGGAGCAGAAAUAUGCAUCAAUAGGUGUCAAGGGGGUUAAGAACAUAGCGACUCAAAAGGGAAAAAACAAUAAAGAGACUUGUGUUUAUUUGGCAGCAACACAGAAAAUCAAAUCUACAGGCAAAAGAGAAGGUUUUGUAAAAUAUCUACACAUGUGAAAGGGAUAUAAAAAUGUAUACUUUUUUCACAUUGUCAUCUGGGUUUUUCUGGUUGAGUCAUUGCUUCAUCACCAAAGGUUCCCUCUAAACCAAUCAGCUCACAGCAGCGUAAGUCACCUGCUUCCUCUUUAUCUAGCAAUGUUGGUGUGCGAGGAAGCUGAUAACCAAAUCGCUGACCUCGCAUGACCAUUUUAACUCUCCCAACUCCUCUGAGAUGAGAAGUCAGAAAUGUGGUUGAGAAACCUCACAUGACAUGCAGUCUUUACACAACAGCUGAAUAAACCACAUCUGCUCUGGAGGUGAAACGUGUUUUAUAGAGGAGACGUCCUCACAACUGCAGCCGUUGUCCAGGAAACGCAGAGAUGAACUGAAGGAUCGCAGCUUCAUCACAAUGUUUCAGCAAAGAGCAGGAAAAAACAAAUUCUUCAUGUUCUUAGUCAAAUCAAACCGUCUCUGUAUCACAAGAGAGCAAACGAGGAGAACACCAUCUGUGGAGCUUUUUGAGCUCCUGCAUGAACAACAGUCACAGUCCAUCUGAGGAAACGCCGAAGCUCUUCAUCAUAUUUGAUGGUUUCUCCACUCGUGUUUUAUGUUGUUUCUACCGGAACAAACCGUGGAGUGGCCGUUUUUGUGGACAUACACAAAUGUUUCCUUAAUACCAAACCAUCUUUUUUCAUUUGUUACCAUCAUGGAAAAGAAAACUGCUAUAAAUUUCAUGUGUCAUUUACAGUUUAUGGAUAAUCCCUAAUUUGUAACUGCUUCUUGUCAUGUCUAUAGGUUAUAUCCCCUUUUUAUCUUAUAUUAUGCAUUUACUUGGCCUACUGUGAAUUCUCUUAUUGACCCUUUAGCAUUGCUAUGUUUUCUGUUCCGUCUGUUCCGACUCUCAUUUGUUGAUUUUACACCUUUGCCACAACUGUUGUAAACGUUAUCAUUUCUCGUGGACACUGAGGUUCUUUGAUGUCCCAGAGGUUCCUGAUGUUCUGCCUUCAGACUAAAAGCAGGGCACAGGCUGCCCCUGGUCCGGGUGGUGCAGGUGGAUGAAGCCAAUGAGUUAUAUCGCUCAUUGGAUGAAGCCUUUCUUCUACCACCAGCCCAGCAGGGGGCGCUGCAGCCUCGAAGAAACCCGCGCGCGUCCAGCGCCAUAGCAGAAAAGAAGCUGCUCGUGAGCGCGCGCGCCGAGGGGGGCAGAUAUGCCAGAAACACGCGCGUACGUGGAGCUUUCCGGAUCAUGAGAGACCCAGGAGAAAAACUCACGUUGGAUCGGGAGUGCGAGCACACUGAAGAGGAGAAGAGCGGGAGGAGACUGUUGACAUGGCGGUGAGUGACGUCACUGCGUUACCUGGCGACGGCGUAUUUAUGUCCGUCGAUGUUGUGCGGUGAAAGCGCGUGUCGUUCCGCGGAGCCGCAGGGAGCCAUCCAUCCAUCCAUCCAUCCACCCCUCUGUCAUCUGCGCAGACGCAGACUCGCUGCCGACCGCCACUGCGGUAGAAUGAUGCAGUCUGCUUCUGCAGGUCACAUCUGGUCCUGGAUCAGCUGCACGGUCCGCUUCACCCGCAGAACAGCUCUCAAUGGUUCUGAUAGAAACCCUCAGCAUUCUUGUGGGUGUUUGAGUCAGCAGGUUGAGGCUGGUUCUGGUGGUUCUGAUGUGUUCGUGUUGGACCACUACGAAUGCCGGACCUAAUCUUUCUGUCUGCUGACUGCUGUUGUUCCUCUAAAGCAGUGACCUCUUCUGCUGGGAGCUGCAGCCCCGAGGGGGCGGAGCUUCCACGUGUUGCCAUCACAUCUGCAGAGAGACAUCACGUGCACGUGUUCACAAGAACCUCAAGGAUGCCGGGCCGUCUGUCGGGCCAGCGCAGCAGAACCUCCCUUAGUCUGGCUGGACUCAUGACCUGCCUUGCUGCCUUGCUCGUCAGCACUGGGGUGAUUUACCUGUAUGUGGACUCCCUGCAGGGCGCGGCCGAGCAGGCCGGUUACCCUCAGACCGCCUGCAGACCAGGACACUUUAAAAUCUCCAGCAUGAAGAGCUGCGCAGCCUGGCUGCAGUGUGCCCAGGUGCGUGCAGACGUCCGGCAGCUGAAGCUGAUCGGCCAAGGAGCCGUGAAGAAGGUGUAUCUAGCAGAGUGGAGUGGCCACAAGGUGGCGCUGUGCAGACUGGCCUCUCAGGAUUACCUGGAAGACUUCCUGCAUGGACUGAGCAUGCUCCAGGCCCUGCAGGACACAGCAGUGGUGCAGCUGGUGGGCUUUUGUGCGGAGGACCACACCUUCGUGACGGAGUACCACCCUCACGGCUCCCUGCUGAACCUGGAGGGGGUUUUUGCUCAGGAGCAGUUCCGGUUCCACGACACGUGGCAGAUCCGUCUGAGGCUGGCGCUGGACUACGUGUCCAUCCUGCACUUCCUCCAUAACAGCCCCGCGGGCCGGCGAGUCAUGUGCGACUCCAACAGCCUGGAGAAGACUCUCUCUCAGUUUCUGCUGACCAGCGACUUCCGGCUGGUGGUCAACGACCUGGACGCGCUGCCCAGGGUGGAGGUGGGCGGAGGCCUGCUGGUGAAGUGCGGACACCACGAGCUCACUGGAGACUUUGUGGCUCCAGAGCAGCUGUGGCCCUUCAGGAACACCGGGAAAACGUUUUCCGAUGAGCUCAUGCCCGGGUAUGACGAGAAGACCGACAUCUGGAAGGUUCCGGACGUGACCCGCUUCAUCAUGGGGGCGGUACGAGGAGGAGACCUGGUCCACUUCCACCUCUUUCAGGUCCACGAUGAGUGCAAGAGAGAGGACCCCAAGCUUCGGCCUUCGGCUCUCGACGUGUUAAGGGUGUACAGGUCUGUGUACAGCACCAUGGUGCGAGACGCUCUGAAGUCCAGAGACGCGCUCUGAGGCGGCGCCGCUCCACACAGACUCAGACCAGGAACAUGAGGAGCAACAAGAACCCGGUUUGAGCUCCUCCUAUUAAAAACGUACCUCUUGUGUGACGCAGACUUCUCCGGACUCUGAAGUUGGAAAGUUUUAUUUCUAAACUGCAUUCCUGGAUCCAUCUACUACCCGAAGAAGUUCUCGAUCCUGUUUGUACCAACAGCAAAUGUCUGAUCCUCAUUGGAUUUCUACAGUCGUCAGAUAAUCCGGUGUCUUUUUUUUUUUUCCAGAGUAACACGUUGAGUUCUCGUGUCCGGCGCGCGUCCACGAGUCUUCGAUUCUAUCGGUUUCACAUCGGCCCAUGUGUAAACCGAACGCAGGGAACUGGCGAUGUGGCGUAUCCAUGGCAACCGCUGUAAGGUCUUGGCGGAGCAGCGAUGCGUUGACACGCUGCUGCAGAUCAUUUAGAUUGUUCAGUUCAUUGAGCUCAGAAACGGUUUGAAACUCGCGACUUUUACAGUGAUCUGCCAAACAAACAUUAAAACAAACAGACUGGAACUUUCCAACGAAGUCAUUUCUGAUUUUCAGCUGAUUAUUGUUCGUCGACUCCCAGUUAUCUGACUUUAGCGGGCAUGUAAACAGGCUCAAUGGAAGAACCCUAAAUGGUCUCUAAAGUUUUAAACUGAUGAAUGUAAUAAAUAAAAUCUGUGGGGAAAAAAGCCAGAGGAAGUCAGUCAUUGCUUUGGAGUUGUUUAACAGAAUUACUAGUCAUUCUAAAGCGGAUGGUGCUCCCGCUGGAUGUUUGUUCAGAGCGUCUGUCUCCGUCGUGGAGGCCUGUGCUCGACAUGGAUCAAAUCAUAGACGUUUCAGCUCCGUCCACACAGCUUCUACAGGGUUGAGGACCGGUCUAUUUUGUUCUUUUCAGUGUUUUCAGCUGCCUCUGUUUUGGGUCGUUAUCCAGCAAGAAGACCCGUGCCGUAAGACGGAAACCAGGAUUUCUUCCUUUUGUACCAGAACACGCAGACCGACAGACCUGUGAAGCAUCAGAGUCUGAAAUGCUGGAGUCCAGGAGACAAUUGUCCACGUUUGGAGCUCUCGGAGGAUGUUUCCGGACACACCCCAUCGUUCCGUUGGUACCAUCAACACUGUUGACUGUAUAGGAGAACUGGACUGAGUGACCCCCUCCUCCUUUGAGUUCCAAAAGGGGAGUAACCUCUGGCUACAAAAAGCUCAAAUCCCAUAGACGUCUAUUGAGAAAUAAACAGCUCAUACUCCGUUAUUCUAUUGGUCAGAAGAACCAUUGUGGCUCUGAUACAUUUUUUAAUAAUAAUCCUCAUUUGUUCAUAUUUUUUCUGUAGUGCAAGCUAUGAACUGACCAUUAACAGAAUGUGUUCUCACUUAGAACAUUCAAAAGGUGUGACAGAUUUUGUCUAGCCUGCUUUCAAGUAGUAGGGGUGUGGACUUCCAACAAGCCCACUCCUGAUUGGCGAGAGUGGUUAUCAGAGAAGCGAUGACCCGGACCAACUCGGACCAAUCACUGCUUACUGAGGAUUUCCGGUUCCAACACGGCAAUGUCCGUAUUAUGAGACGUCCGCUGAAUUCGUUUGGUUGGAGCCUGUCAUUUUCUAUGGGUGACGUCACACUCACUCGGUCCAGUUCUCAUUUACAGUCUAUGAUCGACACACUCACACAAACACUGUACAGGCAAUCUCUGAUGUUAGCCAGAAGACUCCACAAACACAAAGCCUGACAUGAGACAGGCAUGAUGAUCAGAGCUUGUUCUGCUAAAUAUGUCAGAUUCGUCAUCCUUCUGUUUCUGAACUUCACCCAAAACUAAGAGGCUUCAGAUGCUGCAGUUCCUCAAAUGACCACAAGAUGGCAGAUAUUGUUUCGUUCUCACUGCCAGCCAGACUGUAACCAGCAGCACCUUAGCUGAUCUGAAGACCAACGAGAAGCGAUCACAGCACUGUGCUCUCCAUGCAAACCAAAUGACAAAGUAACAGAGAGCAGACGGCCAGAGGAUUUGGUGAAGGCUGCAGAGAAGAUCAACCAGGAUGAAGAUAGAGGAACCAGUGUCUGUCUUUGCAGCCAGCGGGUCGUUUAGCUAUGGUUCAGAGGACAACACCUGAUGAGGGUCCAAGGUCAAAAACCCACAGAACCAUAACUCUUCUGACCCGCUGAUGAGGAUCACGAGGCUUUUCUUCUGCAUGUGGAUCACACCUGAGCUGGAGGACUCAGUUCUGCUGAAUUAACAUAAUCAAUCCUUCAUUUGACCAAAGCCUGAGUUCCCAAAAGGAAAGGCGGAAUCACACAACGCAACGCAACACAAACACACACACACGUGUGUUAACCCUAACCCUCCACAUUAACAAUUUAAAAUGAUGAGGAUAAUCUGCUCUAGUCCCGUUUCCUGUUUGAUCUAAUGAAAAUAUUUCUACACAAACCUGGACUUCUGUGAAACAUCAGAAAAUUGGGAACUACUCUUUCUUUUACAGUCUGUUCAGAGGGAAAAGUGGGCAAAGCUCUGGAAAUGACAAAAGACGUUCAAGAGGGUGAAGAGGCCCCCACAUCCUCCUUCUUAUUUGUGUUCUUUGAGUGUUUUCCUUUUAAUGACGACCCAAGUGUUCACGUGACCCACUCAUGCUAAUUGGGUCAGGCUGCUCAACAAAUCCCUCAAAGGUGUUUAAAAUGCUGCCGUCUCACUGCUUUCCUUGUGUUUUGAUUGAACCUGGUGUUGGCCUCCAUGCAGCCCAAACCCUUGGUCUCCCUGAGCAUCUGCCUCUGCGACUGAGGAGGUGAAAAGGCUGCCUGGUUUUCUCUGCACCUGCUCUGGACUCCACAAACAUCAGUCUAAUGAAAACUUUGGACCUCUGGCUGAAGCAGAAUUUCCCAUUUUUAAUCUGACCUUGGCUGCUUUCGUUGUGCUAAAGCUUUUGCAUUUUGCUUAAAACUUGCUGUGUGAACUUGAGGUGUUGCCUCAUAAAUGUGCAGAAAUGCGUUCUGCUGUUCUCCAUGAGAACACUUUGCCGCAAACAUUCAUCAAAGCGUUCCCUUUAUUAAUGCUGACUGGGGUGACAUGUGGGGUCAGAGUUUGUGAGGAUAUUUCUUUUAGUGAUUGAUUGGUGGGCUGCAUGGUGGUGCAGUGGUUGGCACUCGUGACUCUCAGACAGAAGGCCCUGGGUGGAAUCCUGGCCAGGUCCCUGCUGUGUGGAGUUUGCAUUUUCUCCCUGUGCAUGUGUGGGUUUUCUCCAGGAACUCUGGUUUCCUCCCAGACCAGGAAGUUCCAGGCCACACACACACCUAAAGACAGUUUAGAGUAAUAAAUGAAGCAUGCUCCUGGACUGUGGGAGUGUCAGGAUUAGUUUUUUUUUAUUGCAUUAGUUCUGCUUCCUGUUUUAAUUUAAAGGUUUCCUGCAUGUCGUAGUGUUGACUUUUACUUCCCUAGUCCCAAUCUCCUCUUAUGGUUUUCGCCGUUGUCUCGUCAGUCCAGUUUGUAUACAUGUCUCUGCCUUCCUCUGUGCUGGUCCGCUUUUGUUUGAGUAUUAAACCCUUUGUACUUGGAA